AUGGCCGGAUACACUGCUCGUCAGGUUGGUGCUCCCAACACCCUCGAUUAUCGCGUUUUCAUUGAGAAGGAUGGUGUUCCUGUCUCGGCUUUCCACGAUGUUCCUCUCUUUGCCAACGAGGAGAACAACGUCUUCAACAUGAUUGUUGAAAUCCCCCGUUGGACCAAUGCCAAGUUGGAGAUCAGCAAGGAGGAUGCUUACAACCCCAUCAAGCAAGACACCAAGAAGGGCAAGCUUCGCUUCGUCCGCAACUGCUUCCCCCACAAGGGUUACAUCUGGAACUAUGGUGCCUUCCCCCAGACUUGGGAAGAUCCCAACCAACAACAUCCUGAGACCAAGGCCAAGGGUGACAACGAUCCUAUUGAUGUCAUUGAGAUUGGUGAACAAGUUGGCUACACUGGUCAAAUCAAGCAAGUCAAGAUCCUUGGUGUCAUGGCUCUCUUGGAUGAAGGUGAAACUGACUGGAAGGUCAUCGCUAUCGAUGUCAAUGAUCCUCUCGCUUCUAAGCUUAACGACAUUGAGGACGUUGAGAAGCAACUUCCUGGUCUUAUUCGUGCUACCAAUGAAUGGUUCCGCAUCUACAAGAUUCCCGAUGGCAAGCCCGAGAACGUCUUCGCUUUCAGCGGUGAAGCCAAGAACAAGAAAUAUGCCACCGAUGUUGUCCUUGAGACUCAUGAAGCAUGGAAGGGCUUGAUCUCUGGUGCUUCCGACAAGAAGGAUAUCUCCACUGCCAACAUCUCCGUUGAGGACUCUCCCGACAAGGUUGAUGCUGAACAUGCUAACUCUAACGUCCCCGCUGCUGAUGUCCAACCUCCUGCUCCCAUUGAUCCCUCUGUCGACAAGUGGUUUUUCAUCAGUGCUCACAGCUUGUAG